UCGAAUAUUCAAUUUCAACCCUCCUAAAAUAUGAAAAAUGGGGCUUACGAACUAGAGUCGAAAACCCAUUAAUCACAAUCGCAUCAAUCUCUCUCUUGAGCCUCUAUAUUCCCUUUCUCUCUCUAGAAUCUCUCUCUCUCUCUCUCUCUCUCUCUGAUAUACAUGUUGAGAUUGUGGAAAUGGUACCAAAACUCCUUGGCCACUCAUCCGGUGAAGACACAGAUGAUCAGCUCAGCUCUGAUAUGGGGUUUCGGUGAUAUAGCUGCUCAGACCAUCACGCACACCACCGCCAUCAGACAACGUCGGAUUCAGGAUGAAAACGAAGAAUUUAAGAUCAACUGGAAACGAGUAGCUACAACCAGCUUGUUUGGGUUUGGAUUUGUUGGGCCAGUUGGUCACUUCUGGUACGAAGGUUUGGACCGUUUCAUAAGGGUGCGGCGUCGAUUACAAGCAAAUUCAUUUUGGUUUGUUGCCAAUAAAGUCGCUAUUGAUGGGAUUAUUUUCGGGCCACUGGAUUUACUCGUGUUCUUCACUUAUAUGGGGUUUUCUGCUGGGAAGAGUGUGCCUCAAAUCAAGGAAGAUGUGAAAAGGGACUUCCUCCCUGCCUUGAUUCUGGAAGGAGGUGUAUGGCCAGUCGUUCAGAUUGUGAAUUUCCGAUAUAUACCUGUCAGGUAUCAACUCCUCUAUGUCAACUUCUUCUGCUUACUAGAUAGCUGUUUCUUGUCAUGGCUUGAGCAACAACAAGAUGCCCCGUGGAAGCAAUGGGUGAAAUCUAUUCUUCAUUUGAAGGAAGAAAAAGAAGGUCAAGAUAGAUGACAGAGUUCUUCAACUACUGUUACCUUCUCACUAUUUCCAAGCUGGUUAUAGUGGAAAGAGAAGUCAAAAUAAAUGGAAACAGAAACAAAAAGAAAAAGUUCAAAGUCAAGUCCUAAGUGUAUCAACUUAGAUUUUUGAAGUUGAGUUUUGGAACUGAAGAAAUUGCUUUGGUGCUCUAUCCGGUUUUUACUUUGGGAACUAGGAAGUUGACAGCAGUUGUGUUCUCAUUACAAUUUCACAUAAGAUGUUGAUUUUGGCUUAGUGAUUGGUUUUUCCAAUGGAUCAAGCAUGAUCAUUUUUUUUCUUUCUCAUACUCCUUUGUAGAUACUCACUUAUUAGCACACUGGAAAGGCAGUUUAUAAUGACAUUGAUGUAAUCCUGUUUUCUGUUGAUUUGAAGA